ACAGAUUAUCACUCACACCCUGCCUCUUUCACCUCACAACCUCCUCUCUUUCAGGGCCACUUUGUCUUUGAACAGAGGAAAGAGAAUUCGUGUGUUCGUGUCAUAACCAAACAAUUCUUACUUUCAAAACAAUGGAGGCGGUGAAGGUGAACCUCUUUGUUGCAUUGAUGGUGGCUCUCACGGCAUUCGCAGCCAUCCAGGAGGCCGCUGCCGAGGGCGCCGCCCCCGCCCCAAGCCCAACCUCGGAUGCCUCUGCAUUCAUCCCGACCUUCUUCGCAUCCCUCGCCGCCAUUGCGUUCGGGUUGAUGUUCUAAGUUUCCUAUUAAUUUAAUUACCAUAUCUCCUUGAAUUAACAUGCCAACGGGUUUCCUCUAUUCAUCUUUUUCAUUCUUACACAAAGAUUAUUGGGUAUGAAUUGUGAAGUGAUUCUGUAUGGUUGUGUGGGAGGAUUUUGUAUCAUAGCUUAACAUUUCUUUUUUCUUUUUUAUAUUGUACUUGUGUACUUGUGAUUCAUUUGCUGUCAUAAUAAAUGAAAUUCCUUUCUUUCUUGGGUGUUA